UUUGUAUGAGAUUAAUCACGAUUUAUCGUUUGCCAGCCCUGGAAUUUACAUUUCCUUCCUUCAGCCUGAGGUGUAUUCAGGUGUAAAAGGACCUUUAUUUUGCUCAGAUUUGCUAAAAAUGUAAAUCUUUUUUAAUAUCAAAAACAAACAAGCAAGCCCAAUGCCACGAGUAAAGUAAAGCAAAAGUAACGUAACACAUUACUUUCCAUAAAAAGUAACCAUUUUUGCUUACAUGUUUACAUGUAUGAUGAUCUAAAAAAAGAGUUUCAGAAUUGAGACAUCAUGUUGUUUGCUCCUGUGUAUUUGCAUAUAUUUGCAUAGCUUGAUUCCUGCAUUACCAGGCACUUGACUCUCACCUUAAACCAGUUUCGAUAUCAGAUGGUUUGUUCAAUGAAUUAUGUUGUUUUCCAGCACAAGUGACAUGAUAAAUCACAAAAGAGUGCAUUUCUUUAGUCUGUCAUCGUUCUCUCUCGGUCAGUUUGAAUGCUUUUCUUUCACGUCCAAAAGAUGUCUAGUCAAGUCCAGAUGCUAAAAAAGUUUAGACUGACCACGUGUUUGCUUACUAAAUCCGCAUUUGUCCAGUUUGAUCAGCAGUUCUUUAUUUCCAAUAUCCAAAAAAUGGUUCUGUGUAAUAGGUUUGAUAACUUUAUUGACUGUACUGUAACAGAGAAAAAAUGUGUGGGACAAAUCCAAGAGACAAAUGUGUGGGACAUGUGCAUGACUCCAGUCCUGUCUGAUUGGUGUCUUGGGGGCUCCAUAAAAGGAGAGAGUAUUAGGAGUCAAAGAGGCUCCUGAGAAGCAAAGAAACGCCACAGCGUCAGUACGGAAGAGCUGAAGAACAUCACGGUGACAGACGCGAGAUGAAAUGAAGAAAUGAGAGUUCUGGAGGUGUUGCUGUGGAUGUAGUCUGGAAACUUACAUAUUGUUUGUAUUUCUCGGGCUGGAUCAGGCCGGUGAGUGAGAGAUUGUGUCUCUGCCGGCUAAACUUAGUCUGGACAAUAGUCUCUGUCAUGAUGGUGUACAGUUACAACACAGUUGGUGUGAGAAGCAACUAUAUAUAGAUUGAUGUAGUGAGCACAGCACUGGCAAGAAGUUUGUUCUUGUCUCAGAUCCAUGAGCCGCUUCUGUUCGUCCUGCCAUGGGCAACUACGCUUUCACUGCGGAUGUUGAAGAUUUCAAGUCCAUUGUGUCGACUCUAGAGAGCCAGCGUAUUCUGGCUGAACGCAGCAGACUGGAGAACACGCUCUCACUGAAUCAUGCUGUUGAGGAACAAACAGGACAGGAAAUGAAUGAAGUGAAUCAGGAACCAGACUUACUGGCCCUCAAGUUUCUUUAUAAUAACACAGAUGAACCCAAAGACACCGCAGAGGCUGCCAGCAGCUCUUCUUCAGGCACAACAAGCGUGACUCCUCUCCCGGCGUAUCUCUCGGCUGCGCUCUCGGCGUCGUUAGCCGCUAAACCCCGAGCGGCCCCGCAGGGCCCCGUCACCAUGGAGAAGAUGAGAGCGGAGCUCCGAGAGCUACGAGAUGAACUGGACACGCUGAAGACUCAGCAUAAAAAAGAGAUCAAACUGCUCAUGAACGAACUGGAUGAAGAAAAGAAGAUGCGUUUGUCACUGCAAAUUGACGUAGAACGUCUUAAGAAACACAUGUCCAAGUGAGCCAUCUCUGAUGUCUUCAUCCACCGGUCAAAGCCAUCAGACGUCACAGAUACAGAUACGCCACUGUGAGUCUCAAACGCCACACUCAAGUGUACAAUGAAGAACUUCCAAAGACUGAGGAAGAAUUUGUCACUACAUGGGUUAUAUAAAACAACGUUUUUGGUUUUAAACCAUGAAAAUUGACUGAAAAGAGAGAGUGACCUGUAGUUUUAAUCAAAUGCAUUGAUUGCCAAGACUAAUCAAAGGGGUCGUCGGAUGCCCGUUUUCCACAAGUUGAUAUGAUUCUUUAGGGUCUUAAUGAAAAGUCUAUAAUAUACUUUGGUUAAAAAUUCUCAAUGCUAGUGUAAAACAACAGCCUUUUUACCUUAUCAAAAUCGGCUCUGCAAAAAUCAUCUCAUUCUAAGGGGUUGUUCCUUUAAAUGCAAAUGAGCUCUGCUCGCCCCGCCCCUCUCUUCUCUCUGCUGCUCUGAGAGAUUGUUUACUUUAGCCUCCGAACUUGUUAACUAGCAUGUUAUUAGGAAAGGUGAUUGCAGAGAUUCAAAAAAACCCUUAUACUCACUUCUGCUGUAAGUGAAGCUGGAUCACGAAUGAUUUGCGUGAACAUAGACGGAUAUAUGUAGAUCGGGAGGCGCAUUCCCUUCACAAACAAACGUAAUCCACUGCAUCUUCAGCAGCUCAGAUGUCGGAAGUAAAUGACUAACAUAGUUCAUCAAACUAUGGAGGUGGGACUGUUACAGCUGAUCUGAGGUAAGACGCUCAUGUCAAUCAACUAUCGUGGGAGCGGAUUCUGUGAGUUCUCACCAUCUGAGAACGGCUCGAUUUGAAAAAGGGGAUAUUAUUUUUACAGAUUAAUUAAAAACCACUGCAUGGAUUUUUAUCAUUAUAGGGUAGAUGUGUACAUACACUGCCAACACACAUUAAUGUUCAAACAACAUGUAAAAGUGAAGUUUGCAUCGCAUCCGAUGACCCCUUUAACAUCAGACCAUUGAAUUUAAUCUUUAUAUAUAACAGUGGUUUUUUUUAUGUUGUGUGAAGGAGGAUUCUAAAGUUUGAAGAAUACUAUCAGGGGUCAGUAAGACUUGAAUUCAACAAGGCUGGAUUUAUUUUAUCAAAUAAAAUGAAAAAUCAUUAUAGUUUAAAAUAGCAGUUUUACUGGAAUUGAUUGCUGUGAUGCGCAGCUGAAUUUUCAGCAUCAUUAUUCCAGUCUUCAGCGUCACACGAUUUUUCAGAAAUCAUUUUAAUAUGCUGAUUUGCAGCAUUUCUUAUUGUCAGUAUUGAAAACAGUUGUGCUACUUAAUGUUUUUGUGGAAAUUGUGAUAUGUUUAUUCAGGAUUCUAACUAAGUUUUUGAAAAUAGUUUUUUUGUUACAAUGUAAAUGUGUUUUUUGAUCAGUUGGGGAAAUAAAAAAAUAAAAAAUAAAAAAAUCACAAUCUGUACUAAAGUUACUAGACAACCAACUUUUAAAUUGCAACAUGUGAUGAAAUGUAUU